AUGGCUCGUAUAAACUUUUAUGAGUACAUUGUUUUCAUUCUAUUUUCCCUCCUUAUCUUGCACACUUUUUCCAUAAUUGCUCACUCAGAAAAACUAGAUGAGAAGAAACCAUGCAAGAGAUUUGUGUUAUAUUACCAUGACAUCCUCUUCAAUGGCACCAAUGCCGCUAAUGCCACAUCAGCAACUGUCGCGAAUCGUACUAAGCUUGGGAACUACAACCAUGGGAUGCUUGUGGUCUUUGAUGAUCCCAUUACUAAAGACAACCACCUCCUAUCUCCCCCUGUGGCUCGGGCACAAGGGUUUUACUUCUAUGAUAUGAAGACCGAGUAUAAUGCUUGGUUUUCGUAUACUUUGAUUUUCAAUUCCACAGAACAUAAAGGAACAAUUAACAUUAUGGGUGCAGACAUGAUGGGUGAGGAAACAAGGGAUCUUUCAGUUGUUGGUGGCACUGGAGAUUUCUUUAUGACUCGAGGGAUUGCUACUUUUCGUACCGAUAUUGCACAAGGCGAUUACUAUUUUCGACUUGAAAUGGAUAUCAAAUUGUAUGAAUGUUAUUAAAUUGCACAAGGCGAUUACUAUUUUCUACUUGAAAUGGAUAUCAAAUUGUAUGAAUGUUAUUAAAUAAGGUUAUGUGUGUGGAGUUAUAAGCUGUUGAAGAGUUUUAGUAA